AACCGCUUCGUUUUCAUCUUGUCGCGUGACAAACUGGCCUAGCAGACGACUAAUAAAUGGAGGGCAAUUUCACUUUUGCGGGAACGUGAUAAACUUUUUUCAAUCGUUUCACAGUGGUAAGGAAGCCACUCCGUGAUUAAGCUCAUAAUACCUCCCGUGGAAGAAUAAGGUCUUCUUCUUGCUUAGAAUAAUGGCAAUAUGGGUUCACAUUUCUUUGCCGAUAACGAUAGGGCAACAAAUGGCGGCUACAAUCUCUUGGUUCGUAACCAUUAUUGACCGAACGAAGAAACCCAAGAUAUACAGUGUGAUAGAACAGGAAUAUCUUAAAUACAUUAUUCAGAUUUGAUUCAAGUAGAACUAAAGAUCAGUUAAUCUUUAGGUCUUUCGUUGUACGGCUUCCGUCCCUGACGUAAAAGUCAACAAAUCCUGUUACGAUACUUUCGUUUUCUACGCUCAAUGCAUAGAAAAGCAGUCAGUAUUACCAGGGAUCCCUCGAUGAUAGCGACCGAAUCCAGCAUCAAUUCCAUACUCACGAACACUUAUUAACGCUGUGCUGCAGACGGGCAAUCCAUCUUUAGUCGUAGGAUAUUUCGUCGUGUUUUCAUACUCAGCUCUGCUUGCUCCAUCCACUCUUUUGGCAGCUGUAUUUGUCGCUUCUAUCGCUUCACUACUUUCAGAACUAUGUCGAUAUGAGUUUCUGACCUGCCGUCGUAAUACCUCAGCCUGCCCAUACAUUUGCACUUAUCAGAUUAUGGGCGAAUUCGCUGCCCAUUUGUAUGGCUGGACUCAGGUGUUGAGUAGAGCAGCUGUAGCUGCUCUGGUGGCCCGUGGAAUCGGAUCUGUUCUAGUCCUUGUGUUUGGCAAGCAUUUGCUCCAACAUAAUUUCUAUUUCGUCAACGAAGAUUCCUUUGGAAUAAUAGCCCAACUGAUUGUCUCCUUGUUUGUCCUUCUCGGCCUAAAGAUGACUGCACCAUUUGCUGUAGCCAUCAAGCUAUUCAUUGUGAUGGCCAUUUUGCUCUUCAUGUCCCAGAUUGCAAGUUUCACUGUUCCAGAGAUAGACACACAGCAUCAUCAUCCACCAUCGACCGAUGAAUCUUCAACAGAAGAAUUACUAAUAGCUGCUGGAUUAUUAAGUAUGACGUUUAAGCCCGAAAACAAGGAAACUCACAUCCUGUCGAAAUCAUCAUUGAUGUCGGCUUUUUUGGGAAUUCAAUAUUGUUCCACGCUGUUCAUCUUCGUCAUCAUGUCUAUACUUCACUGCUUCCUACCUCCAAACAUUUUAAACCACAUCAAGAGCGGCUCGCCUUUGUUGGAGGUUUUAAUGUCGUUGGCAACGGGUCCUCAUUGGUCAACCGCCAUCUUCUCAUGCUGUUGUAUACUAGUCGGCUCUUUAUCGCUAGUCGAGGGGAUUCAAGAUUCCAAACGUCAAAUCAAUAAAAUGUCUUCGGAUGGAUUGAUUUGGAAACAGCUGGCCACCAACGCGAAAUGGCCAUUGAUUGUUCAUUGCGUCAUAUCCAUUGGGCUGCAGAUGACCAUCUCGACGUUGAACCUCGUCUUCAUCCUUGCCUUCGUUCACCUUGGACUCGAUUCCAUUCUGGGCGUGGUGGUCACAUUCAGACGGUACUGCAGUUACUCGACGUCACGUCAUUUGGCAGCAUUGCAAGGCUAUAAAAACGGUACGUCCAAGAAACGUCAUUUACUGCGUCGAGGAGGCUACGACGUCGUCGAUCCAAGUCCGGUGGAGCAAUCACGAGCCGAGGAAUCCGAUUCGGAUGAAACUGAUAUCGAUGCUGCUGUCGAUGAUUACAAAACUCAAAUGUACGUCGCUACUGUGAUGGAAUGGAACGGUUCCGAAGUAUCCAAUACUCCCGAAAGGUCAGAAGUCGGAGGAAGCAGGACAUCCGUCAGAGUUCCGUACUUACUUUUGGCCGUGUCCAUCACUAUUGUCGUCAUGUCGGUAGCAAUGCGAUGGAUAUUAAGCGAUCUCAACUGGUUCUCCGUGUCCAUCACUGCCUCCUCGUUCGUCAUCUACAACGUCUUGCUGUUCAUCAUCUGGACCCAUCCGCAAAGACUGACAAGUAGCAAUCCAACGCUCAAGGUGCCUUGCGUUCCAUGGAUUCCGAUCGGAUCCACCCUGUUUCACAGCAUCAUGUUAUUUCAAUUACCCGCACUAGCGUGGAUUGUUUCAUUAGUGUGGAUACUUUCAGGAAUCACGACUUAUUUCGGUUACAGCUAUCGAACCAGUCGUCUCAAUUUCAAGUUGCAAGAUUCCAGCAGCGACGGCGGUGGCAAACCUGGUGACUUGUCAAGUCGAAAAAAGAAUAAUCCAGCACACAAAUUACGGAUUCUACCUGAAACGAUGAUCAAUCUCAAUGUGACGUCGAGCAGCAUCGCCGUCUAUCCUCAACCCUAUUACAAAAUUUAAUUAAUGAGAAACUUCAAAAGAUGAUCCGCUUAUUUCCUGUUGUUUUUUUUUUUCUUUUCUUCUUCUACCGGAAGGAAAUUUGCUGCAACAUGUAGAUUGUAUUUGAAAUAUAUAUGAGAAAUCAAACACUGUAAA